GUGUUUUUUUCGUUUCGUGAUAAAAUGUCCGAAAAUUUUAUAAAUUUGUAAAAAAAAAUAGAUGUGAUUAAAAAAAUUGAAAUAAAUUUUGUUUUAAGUUUAAACUGUCAUGUAAAUUUGAUUAAUUGAACUCACCGUACUAUCAAUUCAACGUCGAUCUUCAUGUGAAAUUCAUCAACUGUAACUAAUCGUCUAGUUUUCAACUGAAUAUUUUGUCCCAUUCGAGCAUAAUUUUGUUUUCUAGACAAAAUGUCACAGUUAUAUAAAUACGCUAAUUUAAUCAGAAAGAACACACCAUACGCGAAAAAAAUGCGUGCUCUUUCGAAUAGGAUAUUUGGUGAAGUUAUACGGGAGGAUAAUAAUCGCGACAAGAAAGUUGUUGCCAUGUUCAGUCAAGAGCCUAUAUACAAAAGUGAUUUUUACACAAAAUAUUACCCGAGGCAUCCUGAAAUAGGUCGCUUAAUGACAUUACUUCGAGAAUAUGGUUUAUACAGAGAUGAGCAUCAAGACUUUAAAGAAGAAAUGACACGACUUCGAGCUCUUCGCGGUAAAGUCCCUUGGAUUUUGAGAAAAGGUCAAAAGAAAGACCAUCAUUUCCUAGAAACGAAGAACUGAAUCUGUUGUCUCGUUUCCGAUGUUGUAUAGUUUUUGUUUCUAAAUAAAGAUGUUAAAAAAACAUA